CCCACCCGUUAGUUGGAGCACGUUAGCGCAGUGCAAAACAGUUUUUCCAGUCAUUUCUUCUCCUAUCUCCAACACACACUAAAAGCUCCGCUACGAAGUACACAAAUUCUUUGGAUGUGAAAUAUCGAUUUGCAGCGCGAGAAAAGUCCAUCAGCGCAAAAAGUAGAAAAAAGUUAAUUUCAUCGAAGAAAAGCGGAAAAUCAAACCAGAAACAGCUUCCAAGUGCAAAUCGAAAGUCCGAUAAAUCACAUCGGUGUUUGAAAAACCAGAAAUACGCGAAAAUAAUUGCUCUAGUGAAAAUCGCUGUGUGCACUGAGGAGACCAAGUGAAAAAAAGCGAAAGUAGCAGUGAUGGCGUUCGCAGGAUUGAAAAAACAAAUUAACAAGGCGAACCAGUAUGUGACGGAAAAAAUGGGUGGGGCGGAGGGCACUAAGCUGGAUAUGGACUUCAUGGAAAUGGAGCGCAAGACGGACGUCACCGUUGAACUGGUCGAAGAGCUGCAGAUGAAGACAAAGGAAUUCCUGCAGCCCAAUCCAACGGCGCGUGCAAAAAUGGCUGCCGUCAAGGGCAUCUCCAAACUGUCCGGCCAGGCUAAAUCGAAUACGUAUCCACAAGCUGAAGGUCUACUCGCCGAUUGCAUGCUAAUGUACGGAAAAAAAUUGGGUGAGGACAAUAGCGUAUUCGCGCAGGCGCUUGUCGAAUUUGGUGAAGCGCUGAAACAAAUGGCUGAUGUAAAAUACUCACUCGAUGACAAUAUAAAACAAAAUGUCUUAGAACCACUGCAUCACCUACAGACUAAAGAGCUAAAGGAAGUGAUGCAUCACCGUAAGAAGUUGCAGGGGCGACGCCUCGACUUUGACUGCAAGCGUCGCCGGCAAGCUAAAGACGAGGAGAUUCGUAGCGCCGAGGAGAAAUUUGCCGAAUCGCUGCAUUUAGCGCAAAUGGGCAUGUUUAACUUGCUCGAAAACGACACAGAACACGUGUCACAAUUGGUAACGUUCGCUGAGGCGCUUUACGAAUUCCACUCGCAGUGCGCAGAAAUACUGCGCGGCUUGCAGGAGACACUUCAUGAAAAGCGUGAGGAGGCCGAAGCCCGACCAAAAGCUGAAUUUGUGCCCAAGACGCUAUUGGAUCUCAAUCUUGAUGGCACCGGCGCUAACGACACGGACAGCGUGAGCACACCGGCACAUAGGGCUUCAGCGGCAUCACCGCUACCCUCGCCCUUGCGCUCACCAGCCAAGUCGCUGGUGGCGGGAGCCACUACACCACAGCGCCAGCAGCCUUGCUGCCAGGCACUGUACGAUUUUGAGCCAGAGAAUCCAGGCGAAUUGGGCUUCAAAGAAAACGAUACUAUUACGUUGUUAAGUCGCGUUGACGACAAUUGGUAUGAAGGCUCCUUGAAUGGACGCACCGGCUACUUCCCACAGUCAUAUGUGCAAGUUGUUGUACCACUGCCCAAUGGCAAUUAAGGGGAGCACGCUAAGCUGCAUUGAUGAGAGCAAAGCACUUCAUCAUCACUCCAUAAGCAACUAGUUGACAAACAAUAAUUAAUUAUUUAAAAUUAAAUCUAACGGUUAAUUAAAUUUAAAGCUGCUAAAAACAUUACAAACAAACUAAACAAAAAAAAAAAAAACAAAGAAAAAUCGCAAACAAAUUGAAAUGUGUAUUUAUUAUAAUUAUUAAACUCAAUGGAAAUUAAGAUUUAUAAAAUUUCAAAGAUCAAUUCAUAAAUACUUCAAUUACAUUCAAUUCAAAAUGACGGUACUUUUAACCUGAUGUUUGUAAUCAAUAUAAAAUGAAAAUUGUGCUACUAUGAGUAUUUAUGUAACUCCUAUCUUAUUGCCUACCUAUCGGACUAAUCUUUCAUAAAGUUAUCACCCGCCAUUGUUGCCAUUCUUAAGUCAUCACAUACCAUAUACGAUAAACACAAACUUACACGAACUUACGCCCUGUUCCCAUUUCUUGCUCUUAACUUACCUGUAUUGUGUGUGUUGUUUUGUUAUUUAUAUUUAUAUAUGUAUUUAUUAAGCAUAAUACAAAAUAAUAUAUGCGUGUAUAUUUAUUAUAAAUCUUACAUUAAUCUCAUAUAUGUUUUCGAGGCGAAAUAAAAACAAAAAAAACAAAAGCAUAUAAGAAAAUAAAUUUAAAGAAACACGAGAGCGAGAGCUCCUAAAUUCCUAAAUACCUUAAAUAUACCUUAUACAUUUAUUGAAAAGACCUUAAAUUAAAUAUAAAAACAAAACAUUAAAACUUACAAGUUAGAAGUAAAACCAUUUGAACUGUAUUGUAUUUCAAAGAAAAAACACACUGAUAUUAAAAAACAAAAGCGAAAAGUGUCAUAAGUGAAGCCACUAACUAAACGAAAUAUAAAAACUGAAAACAAAAUUUUGCAGUGGUCCAGAAAAGAAAACGGAUAGGUUUUACAAUUUUGCUGUGUUAAAAAAAACUAUUUUAAUUUGUUAACAUUAUUAUUGUAAUUAAGCUGUUAAGUAACAGAAAAUAUAUAAUAGACAUGAGAAACAAACAUGUAUUGAAGCUCAUUUAAGAGGGCAAAUGUACGCACGGGCUUUGUGAUCCCAGUGCUGGAAGUGUGGUUUCAGAAAAUUUUGAAGUUUUUUUGCUUGAAGCAAACUAUAAGGCAAGGCUAUUCGUAGGUUUGUUUGAAUAGCUUAAGCCGAUAAUCGCUAUACGUUUCUGUGUCAAAUAUGUUAAAUAACAAAAAGUUUGCUGCCUUUUAUAAAGAGCUACUUAGGGAGAGUUGUUGACGAAUCGAUAAAUAAAGUGAAGUCAAUUAGAAGAAACUUUGGCUUUUCUGUUUUAAAGAAAAUUGGUGUUUUUCCGUUGAAAUUUGUACUUUGUUUCAACUUCUUCAAUUUGUUUCAUUUUCAUUCUGCGCUCUGUUCCCACUUUUUCACUUUAUUUUCAAUUUUAGCUUUCUUGACUCGUAUUGUUUUCGCUAAGCCUGUGUUUAUUUUGUAUGACGUUAAAUACAUAUUUUGUUCAUUUUUUAAUGUUUUCUUAAGAAUGUAUGUAAAUACCACCUUUUUUUCAACGAAAGCUUGUCCGUUUUAAUUUUUGUGUGGCACUGCCACUUGAAUAGCAAAUAGAAACCAAUCAGCUGAAGUGCUGAUAAAACAAUAAAUAGUUUUUGCAGGGCAGCGAGUCCCACAGUGACGAAGAAGCGUUGAAUGCAAACAACCCACGAUAACAGAAAGAUAUAGUAUCUACAUAACGCUAACGGUGGUUUAGUAGUCUCAUGUUGGAAUAACAAAUAUUGAAAUUAAAACAAUUUAAAAAUGGAUUUAAUAAUUAUAUACAUACAUACAUACAUAGAAGAAAAGGCUAAGCAAAACGAAAAACAAUAAUGUAUUGAAAAUAUAUACAUACAUACAUAUAUGCAACUUGAUGCAAUUACGAUGAAUUAAAACAAUAAUAUUGUAAUGAAAAUUUACAAGUGUAAUAAUGUAACAAUUACCUACCCCUAUACAUACGAAUACGUACAUACAUACUAUAUACAAAUACAAAUACUUAACGUUAAUAUGGAAUAUGAAAACUAAUUAUAAAGCUAACGUAAAUGCAGAGACAGCAAAGGAAGACGAGUAUAAUAUUUAUUAUAUGCUGAUAUUAAGAUAUAAUAUUAAUUACGUUAUGCAAACAAGAAAAAAACAAAACCAAAAAAGUACAGAAAUCAUUGAUGCAAAGCGCGACAAAAAUGAAGGCUAAAAAUGCGAACAAAAACAAAACCAAAAAGUAAUUAAUAAAAUUUUAUUUUUAAUGUGUCUUUCGUUCCAUCGUAA